CCCCACGCGUCAGCCAAGGCGGCCGCAUCGCGUCGCCCCCAUUGGUGGAUAGCCGCCGGCGCAGUGACCGGGGUGUCCGCUCCACUCGCCCAGCCGCACAACACCGGAGAAAAAGGCUCCACUCCACGUCUUCGCCCCGUCCCUCCUUUCCCUUCCUCGCCCACUCCACCCCGUGCAAAUCCGCAGCGAGGGCGAGGGGGGAGCAGAUCGGAUCGCCGCAGAUCGGUGGGCGGUCGCGGCGCGGCGCAGCUCGGCCGGCGCGAUGGGCGGCGAGGGCGAGGACGGGGAGCGGCGGCUGGGGCGGGCGCUGAGCUUUGGGAUCCCGGACACGGCGCUGGGGCUGGUGAUGGGGUACGUGGAGGACCCCUGGGACCGCGACGCCAUCUCGCUGGUGUGCCGCCACUGGUGCCGCGUCGACGCGCUCAGCCGCAAGCACGUCACGGUCGCCAUGGCAUACUCCACCACGCCUGAGCGGCUCUUCCGGCGCUUCCCGUGCCUCGAGUCGCUCAAGCUCAAGGCCAAGCCCCGCGCGGCCAUGUUCAACCUCAUCUCCGACGACUGGGGUGGGUCGGCCUCGCCGUGGAUCCGGCAGCUCUCGGCCUCCUUCCACUCCCUCAAGGCGCUCCACCUGCGCAGGAUGAUCGUGUCCGACGACGACAUCGACGUCCUCGUCCGCGCCAAGGCACGCAUGCUCGUCGCGCUCAAGCUCGACCGCUGCUCCGGCUUCUCUACAUCCUCCCUAGCGCUCGUCGCCCGCUGCUGCAAGAAACUGGAAACACUGUUCCUGGAAGAAAGUACAAUCGCUGAGAAAGAAAAUGAUGAAUGGAUUCGCGAGCUUGCCGCAAACAAUUCUGUUCUUGAGACACUGAAUUUCUUUUUGACAGAUCUCAGUGCAUCCCCAGAGUAUCUUACCCUCCUUGUACGAAGUUGCCAAAGGCUGGAAACUCUGAAGAUUAGUGAAUGUCUCAUGCCUGACUUGAUCACUUUGUUCCGUACGGCACAAACACUACAAGACUUCGCUGGUGGUUCCUUCGAUGAUGAGGAUCAUGCUGCGGAGAGGAGAAAUUAUGAAAGCUACUAUUUCCCCCCUUCGCUGCACCGCUUGUGUUUGCUCUACAUGGGACCAAACGAGAUGCAGAUACUAUUUCCAUACGCUGCUGCUUUGAAGAAGUUAGACCUUCAGUUUACAUUCCUGAGCACAGAGGAUCACUGUCAGAUAGUUCAGCGCUGCCCCAAUCUAGAAACUUUAGAGGUGAGGGAUGUGAUAGGGGAUCGAGGAUUAGAAGUUAUUGCACAGACAUGCAAGAAAUUACGGAGGCUGAGAGUAGAGAGAGGGGAUGAUGAUCAAGGAGGUCUUGAGGAUGAACAAGGUAGGGUUUCACAAGUGGGGUUGAUGGCUAUAGCCCAAGGCUGCCCUGAGUUGACAUACUGGGCAGUGCAUGUCUCUGACAUUACAAAUGCAGCUCUAGAGGCCAUUGGUACGUUCAACAGAAAUCUUAAUGAUUUCCGCCUUGUAUUGCUUGAUAGAGAAGCGCAUAUUACCGAAUUGCCACUUGACAAUGGGGUUCGUGCUUUGCUGAGAGGUUGCACCAAACUCCGGAGGUUCGCAUUUUAUGUAAGACCUGGGGCUCUAUCCGACGUUGGCCUUGGCUACGUUGGUGAAUUUAGUAAGAAUAUCCGUUACAUGUUGCUCGGUAAUGUUGGUCAGUCUGAUCAUGGACUGUUGCAGUUGUCAAUAGGCUGCCCAAGCUUGCAAAAACUGGAGCUAAGAGGUUGUUUCUUUACUGAACGUGCAUUGGCCAUUGCUGCAUUACAGCUCAAGUCACUGAGAUACCUAUGGGUGCAGGGAUAUAAGGCAUCUCCAACUGGCACCGAUCUUAUGGCAAUGGGACGCCCUUUCUGGAACAUUGAACUUAUUGCUCCAGACCAGAAUGAUCCUUGCGCAGAGGGUAAGGCACAGAUUCUGGCAUACUACUCCCUUGCUGGAAGGAGAUCAGAUUGCCCUCCGUCCGUAAUUCCACUGUAUCCAGCAGUUUGAGUGUACAUACUUGUUUCAUGCCAGACCGUAUGAAGCUCAUGGUUUAUAUAGAACAUUUCCAUUGCACCCAACUUCUGCAAAGUUAACGGUGCCUGUUCUGCUUAGCAAUGUGGACUUUGCACUGCACAGAAUCCCCAGAGGCCCAAAGGUAGCUUAAAGCAGGGUAGCUGCUAACUUAGAGGAGCAGAGUGCUAUUGGGACUAAGAACUGUCAUGCUCAUUUGAAGGCAUCACUUCUGCAUAAGCUUAGCUCAACUGGCCGGCAACAUGGAUAUAUGUAAACUCUACCAUUUUGACUAGGUUUGAACACAAUUUUGUAAUAAUGUGGCCUGUUUAAUGUAUCUUGUCAUGUUUUUUUUUUAUUCUUCAGCCGUAUGACAUUGUAUUGCUCUAUGAACAAAUUUGUCAAUUAGUUGCUUUACAAUGA